AUGGCAUCAUCUCUUCCUACUGAACACCGAGCCCUCGUGCUCGACUCCCCCAAAGAGGGCUUCCACGUCAAGACAGUCCCAACUCCCAAGCCAGAGCUAGGCAGCGCCAUCGUCCGCGUGGAAGCCUCUGGCGUGAUCUCCUACCUUCGCGAAAUCUACAACGGAGAGCGCGGAUACGUCUUCCCAACACCGAUCGUUGGUGGCGUCAGCUCCAUCGGCCGUAUCGUAGCCCUAGGUCCUGACUCAACCGCACUCAGCGUUGGGCAACUCGUGUAUAUCGACUGCGUAAUACACAGCCGCGAUAACCCGGACCAUCUGUUCGUUUCAGCGAUCCACGAGGGUCUUUCGGAUGGUAGCCGAAAGCUAAUUCGCGAUGUGUGGCGCGACGGCACCUGGUCCGAGUACGCCAAAGUCCCGCUUGAGAAUUGCUACCCACUCAACGAGACGAGGUUGUGUGGCAGUCUUGGAUAUAAGAUCGGGGAUCUGCUGUAUAUGUGCCACAUAAUCGUCGCGUUUGGCGGGCUACGCGAUAUCAGGCUCGAGCCCGGUGAAACCGUCGUCGUUUGCCCCGCAACCGCUAAUUACGGAGGCGCCGGCGUGUUGUGUGCCGCCGCUAUGGGCGCAAGGGUUAUCGCGUGGGGACGUAACGAGGAGAAGUUGGCUCGGUUGAAGGAAUACGUGCUCAGGGGUAUCCCCAACGCGAACAUCGAGACGCUUAAGAUGACCGGUGACGAGGCCGCGGACACCAACGCAUUGAAGGCGUUUGGGACCAUUGAUGCUAUCCUGGAUUUUUCGCCGCCGGAAGCGUCUAAGUCGAAACAUGUUAGGAGCGCUAUCUAUGCUUUACGUCGACAUGGUCGUGUUAGUUUGAUGGGUUGGAACGAAGAUCCUGUCGUUUCGCUAGUCAUGUCCCACAACAUCACGUUGAAAGGGAAGUUGAUGUAUGAGCGUGAGGAUAUUAUUUUACUUAUUAAGAUGUUGGAGACGGGCUUGUUUCCUCGAGGCAAUAAUUUCGCCGACACGAAGCUUUUCAAGCUUGAAGAGUGGAAAGAAGCUCUUGACGCGGGAGCUGAUCAUACUGGUAUCGGGAGAUUUGUGGCAAUCGCCCCUUAA